CCGACUGCUUUCAAAAGAUUAUUUCCAGAUAGGCAUAGAUAAUGGGACGAUGUUGUCCCGCUGAAUGGCAUUGUCAUGUCAGGUCACUCUUUAGUGUUCCAGGCUGACCUGCACUUUAAUAGAGCACUGACACAGCUCAUUUGAAAAGGAAACACAUAUUCACACGCUGCCCCUCCUCCUGCCUAUCACAGUAUUUCAUCAUGGUUUCCUGUGUAAAAAUAACCAUUAAUGAGACCAACUCAUACAACUGCAACUUCAUAAACAUCAUAAAACCUAAUCAAACACGAAACUUCUAUAAAUGAGGUCACAUCUUCUGCUGGCUUGUUUCGUGGGAUUAUGUUUAUGGACUACUGUAAUUUCACUGAAGAUCUGUGCCUUCAACAUCCAGAGCUAUGGGGAGGCAAAGGCCAGCAACAAGCGAGUUAUGGAAAUUCUGAUCAAGAUAAUUUCACGCUGUGAUCUGAGUUUGAUUCAGGAGGUUCGAGAUUCUAGAGGUGAAGCCAUUGCUGCCCUGAUGAUGAACCUCAACAGAUAUGAGAGGUCUCAUAUUUACUCCCAUUUAGAGAGUAAACGAAUGGGAAGGAAAACGUAUAAAGAGCAGUAUGUGUACAUUUACAGAAAAGAUAUGCUACAGGUGCAAGAUCAAUACCAGCACCCAAAGUCAAAUGAGACCGCAGAAGAAUCAGAGGUGUUCACCAGAGAACCGUUCAUCAUACGGAUACGUUCUCCAACAACCUUGGUGAAGAACUUUGUGCUCAUUGGUCAACAUACAUGUCCUAAAACUGCAAUGAAAGAAAUGGACGCGCUGUACGAGGUCUUUCAAACUGUCAGGAAGAAAUGGAAAGCUGAAAAUGUAAUGUUUCUGGGAGACCUAAAUGCAGCUUGCAGCUAUGUUACCAAAAAAGGACUGAAAAAUGUUCGGAUCAGGAAUGACCCAAAGUUUCAAUGGCUGAUCAGAGACGAACAAGACACUACAGUCCGAGAAAAGACCCACUGUGCUUAUGACAGAAUCUGCUCAGCCAUUCAACUUCAAACAAGCAUUUGGUCUCUCAGAAGAAGAGGCUUUGGAAGUCAGUGAUCAUUAUCCUGUUGAGGUUGAUUUAAAACCAAAUCAUCGCUACCUCCUGCGUCAUGAACUGUGAAAACCUGUAAAUAUAGGAUCCUGCUUAUCAAGAUAAUUUGCCAUAUUGUACUGUAAUAUAUGAUUUAUAUCCAUAUACAGCAUGAUACUGUACUCACCAGCACUCAUACUUAAAACACUUUUAUAACACUCAUGAAUUGUAUUUAUAAUCAAAAUGUCUUAUAUUUCAUACACUAUUUAAAAGAACAGUAUGUAGGAUUGUGGCCAAAACUGGUACUGCAAUCACAAAACUUGUGGCUAAAACUGGUACUGCAAUCACACGACUGGUGGCCAAUACACAACAUGACAACAUAAACAUCAGUUGAGGGCUGCAACUCCACUUUUUAAAUGACAAUAUCUUGGCCAGACCACUGUUGUCAGUGAUAUAAGUAUUUGAAAUGAAUGUCUAGUGACAUAUCAGGGCCAUUUUAUGAUUAAUUUAUAUAAAUUUCUUACAUAUUGUUCCUGUAUUUAAUGUAUAUUUGUUUAAAAACACAUAUUUAUUGUUUUUAUUAACUAAUAUUGCAAUGCACUAUGGGAUUGAUUAAAAUAAUUAACAAACUGUCCAUGCUUC